AUACAGUGAUGAAAUAAAGUUCAUUAUUGAUUAUUGAUUUAUUGGUGCUAUGUGUGGUCCAAAUGAAAGCUUCAUAUCUCCUACUUAAUUAUAAGUACCAAGCUUUUUGGCGAACAAAUGAAACAUAUUUGUGCCAUCUAAAAAAAAAAAAAAACAAGUUUCAUCAAAAUUGUCAAAAAAUGUCUUCUCUAAGAUCCACCAUGUCAUAUAAUUCUAAAACAACCUUUGAUGAGAAUCUUUGGGUGAUUCAUGUUAGAAAAACCCUUGAAGAAGAACUUGAGGAAGAAAAUGGUGAAAUUUCUGUAUCCAUUUUCAAUGUGCCAAAGCUUCUUAUGGCCAGUGAUCCAAAUUCUUAUGUUCCACAACAAGUUGCAAUUGGUCCAUACCAUUAUUGGAGACAAGAACUCUAUGAAAUGCAAAGUCACAAACUUGCAUCAACAAAAAGAUUCCAAAAACAAAUACAAAAUCUCAAGUUAGAUAACUUUGUUGACCAAUUGACAAAGUUUGAACAAAAGAUUAGAGCAUGUUACCACAAAUUCUUGGAUUUGAAUGGUGAAACUUUGGUAUGGAUGAUGAUUGUUGAUGCAUCAUUCUUACUUGAGUUCCUUCAAUAUUAUGCCAUGAAAGAAGAAACAAAAAAAUUAAUUUCUUCACACAUGUCUCAUGUUGGGAGGAAAUUAUCUCCUAAUGGAAUUUUGAGGGACAUUGUGAUGCUUGAGAAUCAAAUUCCAUUAUUUGUUUUGAGAAAAAUGCUUGAGUUCAAAUUCUCAUCAUCAUCAUCAUCAUCAUCAUCAUUAUCACAAGAAAAUGCUGAUGAUGUUUUGAUCUUGAUGCUUAUAAGGUUGUUUAAAGAGAUCUCACCUUUUAAGAUGUUUGAAGAGUAUCCAAACAUUCAAGUCUUAGAAUGCGCACAUUUGCUCGAUUUUUUGUAUGAUAUGAUUGUACCAAAAUUAGAAAAACAAGAUGACAUCAUUGAAGUUGAGAUUCAACAAGAAGUGGAUCAACAAGAAGGAGAUGAAAAAUCAUCAACUAAUGAUUCCAUUCAUGUUAAGCAAUUUUUCACUUUUCUUUGGGAGCUUCUUUCAAAGCUAAUCAAAGGUCCUUUGCAUUUAAUCAAAAAGGUACUUAUAUCUGGACCUCUAAAAGUCCUUAAAAAGUUACCUUGGGAAAAUAUAAUCAAACUUCCAGGUAUUAAACUUCUAAAAAAACCUAUUGAACACAUUUUUAACUCUCAAGAAAAAGAUAAGGAAGAAAAACCAAAAGAUGAAAAUUCUAGUACUCUCAUGAACAAAACACCUUUGGUGGAGGAAAUCGCUAUUCCUUCGGUUGAAGAACUUGUGAUUUCAGGUGUUAAUUUUUCACCUACAAAUGGAAGUAUAUCAAGCAUUAGUUUUGAUGAUAAAACAAACACUUUUUACCUUCCUAUAAUUAGUUUGGAUGUAAAUACCGAAGUUUUUUUACGAAACUUGGUUGCAUAUGAAUCAUCUGUUGGAUCAGGACCGUUGGUUAUAGCGCGUUACACCGAAUUGAUGAAUGGAAUUAUAGAUUCCGAGAAUGACGCGAAGAUUCUAAGAGAAAAAGGGAUUAUUUUAAAUCACUUGAAGAGUGAUAAAGAAGUGGCUAACUUGUGGAAUGGAAUGAGCAAGUCAUUGAGAUUGUCAAGGGUACAAUUUUUGGAUAAGACUAUCGAAGAUGUUAACAAGUUUUAUAAUAAUACAUUGAAGAUCAAGAUGUGGAAAUUUAUUAAGUCUUAUGUGUUUGGUUCAUGGCAAGUUUUAACAUUCUUAGCUACCAUCUUCCUCUUGUUCAUGACCGCUUUGCAAGCUUUUUGCUCUGUCUAUACAUGUCAUCGCUUCUUCGACAAGGCACUAGAGCUUACAACCCCCACCACAAAUUAAUUUUGGUUGGAGAAUUUGCCAACUUCUGAUUAAGUUUCUCUAUUAAAUAGUGUGUGAUUUACAUGUACAAUGAUCAUAUAGUGUGUGAUAUGUAAAAUACAAAUGAAAUUAUCUUAAUGUUUGGGUGUUUUAUUCCUAAUCAAAUAAAAUAAGAGGUCUUAUUGCACAAAAA